GAGCCGCCUGGCUCUGAGCGGGUUUGCGGCGUUGGGGACGUGGCGGCUGCGGUGUGCUAGAGCCUCACACGCUGAGCUCUGCCUACUGGAUGGCAGUUUCCCUCAUUUCAUUUUUAGGUUUAGAAGCAUCAACUGGAAUCGAUUUACAUUUGAAAAUUGGACUUGAUACUGUGGCUUUACUAGCAAACGAGCAAUGUCAUCUAAUGAACAAGAAAGGCUCUUCUGUUAUAAUGGAGAAGUCCUUGUUUUUCGUUUGUCUAAAGGAAAUUUUGUAGAUGAAGGGCCUACAAAAACACCUGUGUUACUACAUGUCAGAAGAAUGGUAUUUGACAGAGGAACAGGAGUAUUUGUUCAGAAAUCCACUGGAUUCUUUAGCAUAAAAGAAGAAUACUCUCAUUUAAAAAUUAUGGGUUGCGACUGUGUUUCAGAUUUCAGAACUGGAAUUAAUCUGCCUUAUAUUAUGAUACAGUGCAUUAAAGAGAGUAACAUUUUCAGAUAUUUUCUACUAUUUCUUCACAGUACCAAUAAAUUUGAAAAGCGUUUGAGUUUUGAACUACACUGUGAGUUGAAGGACAGCAUAAGGGUCCUUAAUGGCCCUUUAGUUUUAUGGAGAUGUGUCCAAACAUUCUUUUAUAUCUCUUCCCAAACUGGCAAAGUUGUUACUAUGUCCAUUAAGUUUUCCUCUAUUGAGUGGACAGGGGAGAUUGAAAAUGUAGGUAUGGUUUUGUUAGGACGAAAGCGAUGUUACUUAUCUGAGGAAGGAUGUAACCCACAGCCUUCAAAAUCAGAUUAUGCAACUUGGAAUACUCAAUUUUGUGUAUACUCCCUUGAAAGGGGAGAAGUAAUAAGUGAUACAUACAUUAUCCCUCCUGCUUAUACCAGUGUGAUAACAUGUGUGCAUGUCUAUGCAACUGAGAUUGUCAACAACCAGUUAAGAAUGUCUCUGAUUGCUCUUACUCAAAAGAAUCAGCUGAUUUCAUUCCAAAAUGGGACUCCUAAAAGUGUGUGCCAGCUUCCAUUUGAAGAUCCUUGUGCAGUUCAACUUAUGGAUUCAGGUGGAGGAGACCUCCUUUUCGUCAUAUCCUUUAGGGCCAGUGAUGCUUGUGCUGUUUGGGAAAAGAACUUUCAGGUUGCUGCUAAGUGGGAGAAAGUUAGCUCAGUGCUGAUAGAUGACUUUCUUGGAACUGGAACUGGACAAGUACUGCUACUUUUUAAGGACCCCUUGAAUUCAGAUUGCCUCAGUUCCUUUAAAAUAACAGACCUGGACAACUUAAACUAUUCAAGUGAAACAUUGGAUUACAAUGAAGAUGACUUAUUUGACGGCAAAAAGAAUUAUUUGGUGGUUCCACCUCUGGAAAGAAGAUUGAAAGUUGGUUUGGUUUCUGUUCAGGAAUUACAGCAGCAUCUCUUGCUUAAGGAAAAAAUUAUUUCAAAAUCUUACAAGGCUUUAAUGAACCUGUUUCAAGGGAAAGAUGAUAGUACAUCAAGUGCACAGGAGGAAUGUCUUGCCACUCUUUGUGGUGAAGAAGAAAAUCCUGUCUAUACCUUUGAUGAAAAGUUAUCAGAUAAUUUUCAAGAUUCAGAACAGCUAGUAGAGAACAUAUGGUAUCGUGUAAUAGAAGAUAGCUUGGUUGUUGGAGUGAAAACCACAUCUUCUUUGAAGGUGUCCCUGAAUCAUGUGACUUUAUCGCUGUCAAUGGAUCAAGCCCCUAACUCCAGCUUUCUGCUCAUUAAGUGUCAAAGUAGGGUGAUCAAGUUGAGUAGGAAAUGUUCGCCAGUACCAAGCUCAGUGCCAUAUGAAAUAGGAUCAGAGGUAAAAAAAAUCAAGUUGAGUGUUGAUAGUGAGGAAGAAGAAGGGAAAGAGGAAAGCAUUGUUUGUGUACAACCAUCUGAGAAAGAGUGUGUGCAGAUGAUUACUGCUGUAACAUCUCUUUCGCCACUUUUAGCAUUCAGUAAUUUUUGCUGCAUUGUGCUGCUACAAAUUAGAGAGAGAGAGAAUGAUAACCGUUCUGCAGCUCGUUAUGUUCAGUGUGGCAGAAUUUUUUUAAGUCUAGAAGAUCUUUCAAGUGGGAAAUACCUGCUGACAUUUCCAAAGAAGAAACCUAUAGAACACAUGGAAGAUCUCUUUGCGCUUCUCACGGCCUGGCAGAGAACUUGUUUUCAAAUCAUAUCACCCAGCUAUGCUCUGAAUUCAAUGAAGGUAUGGCUCUUAGAACACAUGGAAUGUGAAGUUAUCAAAGAAUUUCCAGAAAUUUGCUUUUGCAAAAGGCCAGGAAGCUUCUAUGGGACACUCUUCAACUGGAAACAAAGAACACCAUUUGAAGGGAUUUUAAUAGUCUAUUCCAGGAAUCAAACAGUUUUGUUCCAGUGCCUUCAUAAUCUCAGCAGAGUUCUCCCUAUAAACAGUUUCUUCAAAAAUCUAAAAUUAGGAAGUGAGGAUUUCCUACUUGGUCAUUUAGCAUUAGCUUUGGAGAAGGAAUUGGUUACCCUUGGUUCUUUUUCUUCUGCCUUAGUUAAGGUUGAAAGCAACUUGGUGCAGAAUUGUGAAGCAAGCAGUGAAAAGAGUAGUGGUGAUGUGGCUGCCUUAUCAGACACAGAGGAAAGCAUCCAUCGAUACAGAAAAGAACUUCAGAGAGAAAAGAAGCAAAUGUUGGGGACGAACCUAAAAGUGAGUGGUGCCCUUUACAGAGAAAUGACUUUGAAAUUAGCUGAGAUUCAGCUGAAAUCAGACCUUGCUGCCCAGAAAGUGACUGAUUUAUAAAUACAAUCUCAGCUUGGUUAUAUUUUAGAAUAUUUUUCCCUGCCAGAAUGUUUUGGUCCUACUUGUUUUCAUCUUACAUUAUAUGCCUUCUCUGUAAAGAUUAAGAUUGAGGCUUACUGUAGAAUCUUUGGUUUUGAAGAUACACAAAAUAGCAUGCCUUAGAGCAGCACUUCUCACCUGGGCUCAUUUUGCCUCCCAGGGGUGUUUGGCUAUGUCUGGAGAUAUUUUUUGGUUGUCAGAAGUAGUGGCAGGUGGGGAGGGCAAGAGAGGAGUGCUAUUCAGAUCUAGUAGGUUGAGGCGAGGGAUGCGGCUAAACUUCCUACACAGCACAGCGCAGCCCCUGACGAGGGAGGGCCCAGCCCACAUGUGAGUAAUGCCCGGGGUGGAGAAAUCCUGCCUUAGCGUUUCCACUUAAGACAUAGGUGAUGGAACAAUAUUUUGUUCUAAAUCUUAAAAAAACCUUAAAUAGCCCUUUUAUUAUACUCUGCUUAGUAAAACCUAGCAUAUAAAAAUGAGCUUCAAACAGAUAAACAAGGUUGUCACGAUUCAGAAGUUUCUGUAAACAUCAAGCCCCUGUGGAAAUUUAAAUGGCAGAGUGUCUAGGUGAGACCAUUAUGGUGGAAACCCUUAUUAAAUUAAAUUUUCUUAGAAAGCCUCUAUGAAAUUGCAUAAGUCUAUAGGCAUGUGAAAAUUUGGGGGCAUUUCUUUGAAAAGCAUCUCUCUUUCAAAAGGCUAAGCAUACCUCACAGGCCACUAUUUUUUAAAAAUUGAAAUUGCCUUUAAGCCAUCUGAAAUUCCAACUCUAGGCAAAGCUAAAAUGUAAAAUCCUAACUAAAGUAACUUAAAGAGUAUGGCACUCCUUAGGGACUGAGAAGUUUAAAAAUAAGUGAAAAUUAAUUUCAGUUAAGUGAUUUUUCAGGGGUCCAGUGAGGCAUUUCAAAGGGAUAAAAAUUCAACCUAUUCUCUUUUCUUUUUGGAAAAAAUAAGAAUUCUGAAGUAAUAAGAGAAUGUCAGGAGAAGGGAAAAGACACAAAAGGAUAUGGGCCAAAAGGAAUGUUUCUGAUCCUUUUUGCUCUAAAAUCCGUGAGAUGGAAGUUUCUGUCUCAGUUGAAAGACAUAAAGAUGAUUAUAGAAAGCGGCAUUUCACACUUGCAGCGGUGAAGUGCUAAUCCCCCCCACCUCGUGCCUCAGAAGUGCUUGUCCCUAAUGAUCUGGUGACACAAGUGGGUUUUUAAGAAGCUAAGUUAUUACUAUCUUGUCUCGGUUUUUAUGGUUGUCCAUAUAAUAUGCUACCUCUUUUUUUAGUAAUCCAUUGCAAAUUGAGUUCUAUAACUCUAUAGCUCGAUUUCUAUGAAAUUUCAAUGAAAAAUAUUUCAGACUUUCUGGAAAUGAAAAUGUGAUAAUUUCAGGAUUAAUUGUGGAAGUCUGAAAGCAAUGUGUGUCAGUAGAUGUAGUGAAACCUCGCAAGGCAUGUUCUGAAAGGACAACCAGGUGGAAAAUAUAGGAACUAAGUUGUAAAAUGGAGGCUGUCAAAAAACUAAACAGAAUUUGAUUGUAAUAGUUUAAUAGUUUAUCUAUAGAAAAGCUAGGAUAGUAAAAAAAAUAACAUAUUUCUUAUUUUUUAUUUGUAAAAGCAAACAAAAUGUAUUAAUCUGUAUGUACCAAAUAACCUCUUUACAAGUGAACUUUGUACCCCAGUAUAAUUUUUUUUCUUUUUCUUUUUUCACACACACACACACUGUAUUUUAUUUUUACAAGAGAUAAAUAAACUGACACCAAGCACUGUAAAUGGAUGGCUACAACAAAAGUAACAAUGAUUGCAAUUACCAAACAUGAAACACAUUCAUACUAUGUCAUAAUAUUGACAUUCAGUCCAGUAAUCCUCCACUGUAACAGCUCCUUUACUUUGCAGUGAAAAUUGAUUUGUAUAUUUUUUGCCUCUGAGUCCUUGUGGGAUUUUUUUUUUAUUCAAACAGAAAGUCACAAAAAUUAUAAUCAUCCUCAUCAGUUCACUCAGUCCCAUGUAAUUAAUUUUUUUUUCAUCUUGAUCUUUUGUUAGCACUUUUAUGAAUUCAUCAGUUUUCCAUUAGAGUUCUGAAAAUGCUUAUUCAUUCAGUUCAGCAGUAUAGUCAGUUACCAGAAACCUGUACUUGUCAGAGUCUUUUCCAUGAAUUCCUUGAAGAUGAAACCCUUUUUAUAGGAACAUUUUUGCAAAAGCAUCACAGUACACCCAGAACUGUCUGUAAAUGACAAAAGACUUAAAAAUGACCACGGUCAAAGAUCUGAUGAAAGUUCAUAAUAAUGCAAUUGA